UGGUGUAGCUACAAGCUGUUUCGUCUCGAUUACACUAUGGGCAGUGUUCAUCAUCGCUUUGGGUAUCGCUAGUCAUACAGAAAUGUUGAUAUGUCGACCGCUAUACGAUCCUAACUAUCAUACUAUGGAAGUUGUGUUGGAAACUCGAAUGUUUUUAGGAAGAAGGCUCGCAUUACCUCUCAAGGAUCUCUUUGAAAAAUGUCGAAACAACGAGGCAGCUUAUCCCGCCUUGGGGUUGGAAAACGCGAUGAAACUGGAAUAUUUGACUGCACAUUGGGCAUGGCCAGGCCUGUCUAGAGCAAUUUCAAGUAUUAAAGUUGAUUUAAAGGGUCUACAAAUAUUAACGCCAAAUUUACGACAAUGUCUUCAGGAUCUCUUAUACGCCUGUGGUUUGAAUCUCACCGCGCAUAGAAUUAUGAUCCAAGGUCCGAUUCUGAGUAAAGAUAUAAGUACAUUGUCUGAUCAACUGGACAAUGUAUCCCGUCAGCUACAGGAUCGAAGUAUUGCCAGGGAACUGCAAAGCAUUGGAAUAACAAUGAGGGAUCUGACAUUGCGACAGGUGAAACCGCUAAUGAGGUUACAGGAUGAUCUGGUCUAUCGUCUUGCAGUUCUAGAAUUGCAGGUGCAACCUCUUUGGCGUCAAGUUAAUCAAUCGAUUUCGCAUCUAAGGACGAUACAAUAUUACAUAGAUCAUCAGGGAGAGAAGAUUGCUCAAUCGAAAACAAAGUCGUAUGUGGACCGACUAUCGAAUUAUCUAGAUCAAUGGCGGACUCACGUAUUCUCUGAGAUGGAUAGGGAAAUAUCCAAAUGUCGACCUUUAUGGGACGUUCUAGAAGGAUUAAGAUAUUUGCUAUGUGCUCACAUUUUAAGCCCUCUUGAUGGUUUCUGGUUUGCCACGUUGAUAGGCGCAAUUGUUAUGAUAAUUAGCACACCAACAGCUCAUAUUUUGUCAUUAGUAUACAAAAAAUCAUCCAGUUUUGUAGAAGAUGCUACUCUAUUGUCAACAAGAGCAGAAAGUCUCAAUACGGAUGACGACAGAACGUGGCAGAUGCCAGACCCACCGCCGCCGCCACAAAGCAAUUGGUAACAGACGAAGGCGAAGGACGAUGACCUCGCGUUGCAGGCAGACUCA